AUGAAUGAUGUCAUCAAGAAGGUGAAGAAGAAGGGAGAAUGGAAGGUGAGAGGCCCAUUUCAGUAUUAGUAUUUGUCUUUGUUAUACUGCAGUUUAACCUUGUUUUCCUUUUUUUUAUUCUGUUAAUUGGUAUUUUUCAGCAUUUGUUCACAGAAAACACUUGACAGAGUUAAUUCACACAGUUGACAGAUAAAAGUGAAAUUGGUCAGUGGAACAUGGACCCUUUGGUCUAAUUGUGACCAGUUUUUAUUUGGUAUCACCAGGCACAUAGAAAAAUAUUCUCCCAGAUAAAACAUUGAAUGGCUAAAUUAUAUUUGUGCCGUCCGGCUGUUACAUUGUAUCGUUAUUUGAGCAACACACAUCACGAGCAAAGACGAUACAUUGUAUGAUUUCACCUCACCUGUGAGAGUGAAGAGGAAAUUCAGCAACUCUUCGAGGAGAGUGGAAGUUGAUAAAAAUCCUUCUUUAUUGUUCAAAGUAAAACCUACGGGUCCAUACUUGAGAACAUUAUAAAAAGUUUAAAGUUAAACUUUUUCUCCAUCUCCAAAUCCACAUCAGACAAUUAAAAUUGUCAAUGUAGUUGCACGUGAUAGAACGCUAUGUUAGUUUUUUCCAUCAGAUAACCUGGCACACUCAGAGCUAUGCUAACAAGACCAGCUGGACAAAUUCUGCAUCAGCCAAUUACAACUGUUGACGUAGUUGGACAUUAUUGAACACUGUCAUGGAAGUGUCCUUAACAGACAUAAAAACAGCAUGAAUAGCUCACAGUGUAGCAAGCCUGGCUCCUGGUAAUUUUCACAGUUUGCGGCAACUUCAAAUCCCAGGUGAGAUAUCGUUUUUUCCUUUGAAAUGUAGAAUUACAUUUAUUGUGAUACUGUGUUGCGAAGGGAUGUGCAGCAAGAUUACAAAUAUGUGACCCAUCACCUGGAUUCGGUCCUAUGUAGCAUUGAGGAUCAAUGGGAAAGUAAUUCUGCUUUGAAGUUGAUAAACUUGUAACCCCACUUUUGAGAAAAUGGCCCGUGAAUGUUUUGGUACACCUCUUCUUUGUCUAAACCCUCUUAAGCCUUAGCCCCACCCAUCUCUUUAAGGAUUCACAUGUGAGGCCAUGUGCUAAACAGAGUGAAUGUGGCAGUGUAGUAAACAACCAAAGAUUUCAAGACUAAAAGUGGUGAAAGUAGUAGCAAACAGUAGUAGGAAAAAUACACUUGAUCUAGUCAUUGGGCUAUAUCCUAAUCUGACUUUGGUGCAGGUCAUGUUGUUCUUCACAUUACCGUCUCUGGUAAACACAUACUAUACGUUUAUUUGUCACAUACACAGGAUACAGGAGGUGUAAAUGGUACAGUGAAAUGGUUACUUGCAUAAUGGAGUCUUUUGUUUAGACAUGUAGCUAAACAAUGAACCAUAAUCCAAUGAACCAUAAUACCAUGCAUGCGCCAUGCAUGAAUCUGCAGGUAGCUAAAGCAAACCAACUAGGUUCAAUGUUAGCUAGCUAGCUAACAUUAGGCUAUAACUAGCAAUGCAAAUGGCUUUCUGAGAUACUAACAAUAUUACUACACAGAUCAUUUACAUAACGUUAGCUAGCGAGCCAGCCAGCUAACGUUAGCUAGCUAGCUAGCUAACAGUAUGCUUUAACUUGCAAUGAAAAUGACGUUCUGACAAAAUUUGAAAUGUAUAAUAUCUGAAAAUGUAGCUAGACAAUUAACCGUAAACAUGGAUGAACGCUUCUCACUCUGUUAUGGAUGCCAUGGUUGCCCUUAGUUUGAAGAUGUAAUCUGGAGACAGGUGUUUUAUACAACAGCCUCCUGUGUAUAGCCUCUCCGCAUUUAGGAAUCAUCUCUCUGCUUCCACUGAGCAUUCCACUGAUUUCAAAACUCGGUCAACUUCUUCCGCGACAACAACACUGUUGAUCGCCGUUUCUUCUGAGGACAGUGAUGAGGGAAGACUCUACAAUGUCUGGUUCAAUUAAAAUGUUUUGACCUAAAUCAGGGAUUUCCUCAUCGUCUGAUUCAUUUUCAGAGUCAGAGAGAGUCAGCAUGGCACGAUCAUCCUCCAGAAAGUAGUCCAUCACAACUUUUUCCCACUGACCUUUUUCAAUAGCGCUAUUAAGUUCAGGGCAGCAAUGCAACACUUUUUCAGUUCUUCAUGACAUCUUUCAAAAAAAGCUGUGGUAGAAAGGAUUAUCCACACAUACUGAGCAGCUCAUGUUAUAAACAGAAGCAUGGCAGAACAAGUCUGAACUCAUCUCUCGGCAUGUCCAGCCCAUCCAUUAUCUCAGCCAAUCAUGGCUAGCGGGAAGGUUCCUGUAUUUUACCGUGGCUAAACAAACUAGGCUCGUAAUUUAACCAUUUUAUUUGUAUUUACAGAUGGCAUACAAGUUUGUUAUUAACGCACAUGAAAGUUCACAUGUUCCAGAUGGCAUUUCUGCCCAAAAAAACAUAUUUUGAUAAAAAAAGUAUAAUAAAAAAACAUUAAAAUGCCUCACCUAUGAAGUAGUGACAUGCAACAUAUGCCUAGCUUCUUGAAACAGUAUACAUAUAUUUAAUGAGGAGCUUCUUGGAGUCCCUUUUGCAGACCGACACACUACUGCUACAUAGGGGUAGUGUAGUGCUGCCGGAGCGCACCAGAGCGAUGCUCCGCCACUUUUCAGAAUGGUGCUCGUUUAAUAAAGUUUCGAUCAAAGCUGAAUCAAUGUCUCACAAGAUAUUUUAAUGAUUCAUUAGUAUUCUACAUAGGCUUAACAUACCGAAUAUAAUAGCAUAGUGUAAUAGUAUAACGUUACUGUUAGACCAAAAACACCACUUAAUUUUUUAUUUAGGCUACACUCACAUAUAUAACAUUUUAUAUGCAUUAUUAUAAUCCUCCACUUACGUAUGCAUUAUUUAAAUUCAGCAUAGAGGACCAGGAGUGAACAGUUUUUUCCUUAAUAAAAUAGCUUGAUGCGAAGGGAUCUCCAACCCAGUGUUACUGUACCCCGAACAUUCACAGUCAACCGCCAUAGUGGUAUACACCACCUGGCAGCAAUGGUAGUAGGGGUACAUGACAGCUAUUUGACAAGACCAUAAGGCUCUUCGACUUAUGUACAAUAAACUUCAAUUAUGUAUAGACCUCCUUUGUCUUUUUCCCGUAAAAGCACAUGGAUGUGUGUGAAACAGAUCAGCAAAAACGUGGGAUUUUGUCAUAUAUGCGAAAAUGUGCCUUUUGAAUUUUGUCUAACGUUUUAAAAUUAUUACUAGGAUCCCCAUUAGCCGACGCCAAUGGCGACAGCUAGUCUUCCUGGGGUCUGACACAUAACAAAACAGACAUUACAGACAAAAAUAUUUUACAAUUGACAUACAUUUAAAAACAUUAACAUAGACGUCAGAGACAUCACUAGCACCUUAGAGGCUGCUGCCCUGUAUACAUAGACUUGAAAUCACUGGCCGCUUUAAUAAUGGAACACUAGUCACUUUAAUAAUGUUUACAUAUUUUGCAUUACUCAUCUCAACUGUAUAUACUGUAUUCUAUACUAUUCUACUGUAUCUUAGUCUAUGCCGCUCUGACAUUGCUCGUCCAAAUAUUUAUAUAUUCUUAAUUCCAUUUCUUUACUUUAGAUUUGUGAGUAUUGUGUGUAUUUGUCACGAUCGUUACAGGAAGAGACGGACCAAGGCGCAGCGUGAUAAGCGUACAUUUUAUUUCGUACACAACACACGAACAAAACAACAAAACGAUACGUGAAGUCCUGAGGUUACACAACACAAACCUUUACGGAACAAGAUCCCACCAACUAACUGGUGCCAACAGGCUGCCUAAGUAUGGUCCCCAAUCAUAGACAAUGAGCUACAGCUGUCUCUGAUUGGGAACCACCCUGGCCAACAUAGAUCAACACGAUCUAGAACAAAAACAUAGAAAACUAAACAUAGAAAAUCCACACCCUGGCUCAACAUUUAAGAGUCCCCAGAGCCAGGGCGUGACAGUACCGCCCCCCCCCAAAGGCGCGGACUGCGACCGCGCCACACAAACACAAGAGGGUAGGGGCCGGGUGGGCAUUCCGCCUCGGAGGCGGAUCCGGCUCCGGGCGUGACCACCACCCUUUCUCCACCUCCCCGUUGCGCCCCUGGUCUGGUCCCGCUGACUGGAGCUGGACCCGACGACGGUGGACCAAACCUUACCGGCUCCGGACUGGAGCCGCUGGCCGGAGCUGGACUGGACACCGGUGGAGCGGAUUGCUCUGGCUCCGGAGUGGAUCCGCUUACUGGAGUUGGACCGGACCCCGGUGGAGCGGAUUGCUCUGACUCCGGAGUGGAGCAGAUGACCGGUGCUGGACCAGGCACCGGUGGAACAGGCACGGGCCGUGCCGGACUGGACACACGCACCACUGGCUUGGCGCGGGGAGCAGGAACGGGCCGGACCGGGCUGACGACGCGCACCACUGGCUUGGUGCGGGGAGCAGGAACGGGCCGGACCGGGCUGGCGACGUGCACCACUGGCUUGGUGCGAGGGGCAGGAACAGGCCGGACCGGGCUGGCGACGCGCACCACUGGCUUGGUGCGGGGAGCAGGAACAGGCCGGACCGGGCUGGCGACGCGCACCACUGGCUUGGUGCGGGGAGCAGGAACAGGCCGGACCGGGCUGGCGACGCGCACCACUGGCUUGGUGCGGGGAGCAGGAACAGGCCGGACCGGGCUGGCGACGCGCACCACUGGCUUGGUGCGAGGGACAGGAACAGGCCGGACCGGGCUGGCGACGCGCACCACUGGCUUGUUGCGAGGGACAGGAACAGACCGGGCUGGCGACGCGCACCACUGGCUUGGUGCGAGGGACAGGAACAGGCCGGACCGGGCUGGCGACGCGCACCACUUGCUUGGUGCGAGGGACAGGAACAGGCCGGACCGGGCUGGCGACGUGCACCACUGGCUUGGUGCGAGGGACAGAAACAGGCCGGACCGGGCUGGCGACGCGCACCACUGGCUUGGUGCGAGGGACAGGAACAGGCCAGGCUGGACUGGGAACACGCACCACUGCCUUGGUGCGGGGAGCAGGAACAGGCCGGGCUGGACUGGGAACACACACCACUGGCUUGGUGCGGGGAGAAGGAACAGGCCGGGCUGGACUGGGAACACGCACCACUGGCUUGGUGCGGGGAGCCGGAACGGGCCGGGCCGGACUGUGGAGGCGGACUGGAGGUCUGGAGCGGAGAGCUGACACAACCCGUCCUGGCUGAAUGCCUAUUUCCACACAAUAUGUGUGAGGCAUCAGCACAGGACGUACAGGGCUGUGCACUCGUACUGGCGCUACAGCACGUGGCACUGGCGCAGGACAUACGGGACCGAGGAGGCGUACUGGAGGCCACGAGCGUUGAGCCGGCACACCCCGUCCUGGCUGCAUGCCCAUCUUAGCAUGACACGUGCGUGGUGCUAGCACCGGACGUACAGGACUGUGCCGGAACACUCGCGGCACAGUACGUGGCUCCGCAUAACACGGAGCCUGCCCAGUCUCACGCUUCCUAGCCUGAGUACGGGGAGUUGGCUCUGCUCUAACUCUAGGCUCUGCCAACCACCCUUUUGGGGCUGUCUCUCGGGCUUCCUCCUCGGCCGGUACCCUCUGCGAUGCCGCUGCUCCUCUCUGUAGCGCGCCUCCACAGUCUCCUCCCAAGGACGGCGAUCCAUUCCGGCCUGAAUCUCUUCCCAAGUCCAGGAUCCCUUCCCGUCCAGGAUCUCCUCGCAAGUCCAGGCUGUCUGUUCCUGGACACGCUGCUUGGUCCUUUUUUGGUGGGAUCUUCUGUCACGAUCGUUACAGGAAGAGACGGACCAAGGCGCAGCGUGAUAAGCGUACAUUUUAUUUCGUACACAACACACGAACAAAACAACAAAACGAUACGUGAAGUCCUGAGGUUACACAACACAAACCUUUACGGAACAAGAUCCCACCAACUAACUGGUGCCAACAGGCUGCCUAAGUAUGGUCCCCAAUCAGAGACAACGAGCUACAGCUGUCUCUGAUUGGGAACCACCCUGGCCAACAUAGAUCAACACGAUCUAGAACAAAAACAUAGAAAACUAAACAUAGAAAAUCCACACCCUGGCUCAACAUUUAAGAGUCCCCAGAGCCAGGGCGUGACAGUAUUGUUGUGAAAUUGUUAGAUGUUACUUGUUAGAUAUUACUGCAGCUAGAAACACAAGCUUUUCAUUACACCCGCAAUAACAUCUGCUGAACAUGUGCAUGUGACCAAUAAAAUUGGAUUUGAUUUACACACAAAUAUUUAUAAUUUAUAAUAACGUUAGUAGCUAGUAGCCUAGUCAUCAUGCCGUUUUGGCACACUACACUUGUGACAGACUAAGUGGAACCAAAGUAAACCUUGAAUUUUGAGGUUUAAAAUAUCCCUCUGGUGGUCAAGUUGACCUAUUUUAAGAAAUGCCAUUGGUUGAUGGAUAUAAAUUCUAAGAUACACUACAUGGCCAAAAGUAUUGGUGGAUUCGGCUAUUUCAGCCACACCCAUUGCUGACAGGUGUAUAAAACCGAGCACACAGCCAUGGACAUAGACAAACAUUGGCAGUAGAAUGGCCCGUACUGAAGAGCUCAGUGGCUUUCAACGUGGCACCGUCAUAGGAUGCCACCUUUCCAAAAAGUCAGUUUGUCAAAUUUCUGCCCUGCUAGAGCUGCCCCGGUCAACUGUAAGUGCUGUUAUUAUGAAGUGGAAAUGUCUAUGAGCAACAACGGCUCAGCCGCGAAAUGGUAGGCCACACAAGCUCACAGAACGGGACCGUCGAGUGCUGAAGCGCGUAGUGCGUAAAAAUCGUCUGUCCUCGGUUGCAACAAUCACUACCGAGUUCCAAACUGCCUCUGGAAGUAAUAUCAGCAGAAGAACUGUUAGUCGGGAGCUUCAUGAAAUGGGUUUCCAUGGCCGAGCAGCCGUACACAAGCCUAAGAUCACCAUGCGCAAUGCCAAGCGUCGGUUGGAGUGGUGUAAAGCUCGCCGCCAUUGGACUCUGAAGCAGUGGAAACGUGUUCUCUGGAGUGAUGAAUCACGCUUCACCAUCUGGCAGUCCGACGGACUAAUCUGGGUUUGGCGGAUGCCAGGAGAACGCUAGCUGUCCGAAUGCAUAGUGCCAACUGUAAAGUUUGGUGGAGGAGGAAUAAUGGUCUGGGGCUGUUUUUCAUGGUUCAGGCUAGGCCCAUUAGUUCCAGUGAAGGGAAAUCUUAACGCUACAGCAUACAAUGACAUUCUAGACGAUUCUGUGCUUGCAACUUUGUGGCAACAGUUUGGGGAAGGCCCUUUCCUGUUUCAUGGAUGAACUGGAAUGCCGACUGCGAGCCAGGCCUAAUCACCCAACAUCAGUGCCCGACUUCACUAAUGCUCUUGUGGCUGAAUGGAAGCAAGUCCCCGCAGCAAUGUUCCAACAUCUAGUGGAAAGUCUUCCCAGAAGACUGGAGGCUGUUAUAGCAGCAACUCCAUAUUAAUGCCCAUCAUUUUGGAAUGAGAUGUUCGAUGAGCAGGUGUCCACAUACUUUUGCAUGUAGUGCAUUUGAUAGGCUGAUGCAGAAUUUGUUACAGGAAAUAAUCACUGCCAGCUGGUCAGGUUAUAAUAGGGCUAAAUAUGCCAGGUUAUCUAAUGGGAACAGCUAACAUGUAGCGUUUUAUAACGUGGAACUACUUUGACGAUUUUAAUUGGCUGAUGUGGAUUUAUUGUUACAGGAGCUACAUUUCUUUUCUGUCACGGAUUCGCGGGUCACCUUUUAUAUUUUCAUAAACCAUGUUGCAGGCCGUUUUAAACUACUCAGGCCACAAACUAUCCAGUCAUGUUACCUAGCUGGCCAACCUGGUAACUUGACCAGUAUGGUUUAAGAUGGCACUAGAAGAAAGGGGGUCCUGGAUAGCUACUUCAAAAGUAGUCAUAUAGGCCUAAGGUAGGCUAUCUAAAUUAAUUGAAAUCAAUCUCUUUUUCUGGACAUUUUUAAGUUGGGUGCACUGCACCAGUGCUACCAAUGAAACAUUUUAAUAUGAUUAGAGAGUCCUAACCUUGUUUUCCAAAACCUCUGUCUUACUCCUUCCUCUAUCUCAGUCUCCAUGGUUUCACAUUGUUUUCUCUUCCUUGUCUCAGGCGUUGAUUGUGGACCAGCUGAGCAUGAGGAUGCUAUCCUCCUGCUGCAAGAUGACAGACAUCAUGUCAGAGGGCAUCACCAGUAAGCACUCUGCUCUGUUUAAACCUCAUCAUAUAAUAAUAAUAAUAUGCCAUUUAGCAGACGCUUUUAUCCAAAGCGACUUACAGUCAUGUGUGCAUACAUUUUUACAUAUGGGUGGUCCCGGGGAUCGAACCCACUACCCUGGCGUUACAAGCACCAUGUUCUACCAAUUGAGCUACAGAGGACCACGUGUCAUCAGCCUCCAUUGUUAUACUGUAUGUGUGACAGGUGUAGAUUGCCUCUGCAUUGUGUUUUGAUUGGCUUACAUAUGACCAAAGGAUCAGGGUUGGUGUAGAUCUUUUAUUCUCUGAUAAUGACAGGAAAAACGUCCAUGAACAAAUGCUGUGCUGCCCUAAUACAUGAAUAUCCCAAUAUAUUUGUGGGAGACCAUUAUAAUACACUGUAAGUGAGCAUAUAAACUCAUUAUAAGUGUUUUAACAUAUAGGAUUGAUUAUGAUUUCAUGGGGAAAUGUUUCAGUAACCUACCUCUUCCAUAUGGGUACAGUAGAAAGGGAAGAGGUCGGAGGGGUCAGGGGAUGUUUAUGAGGGGGAAUACAGAAGGAGAAGGAAGUGUGCGACAUUAAAAGGGCCACUUACAACAACAAAACGAAUGUUCACUAAUAUCAGGCAUGGGAACUAUUCAGGUUUUGUGUAAUUCAACACUUGUUACAUAGGCACUGUAGCUACCAUUUGGCUACCAUGACUCAGCCAUCAGCAAACAUGAUAUAACCACAUCUCUCUCUCUCUCUCUCUCUCUCUCUCUCUCUCUCUCUCUCUCUCUCCUCUCAUCUCUCUCUCUCUCUCUCCUCUCUCUCUCUCUCUCUCUCUCUCUCUCUCUCUCUCUCUCUCUCUCUCUCUCUCUCCUUCCUCUCUCUCUAAAUCUCUCGAUUCUCUCUCUCUCAUCUUCUCUCUCUCUCUCUUUCUCUCUCUCUCUCUCUAUCUCUCUCUCUCUCGCUCUCUCUCGUGUAGUAAACAUGCGCGAUAGCCUCUUCUUACCCUUCCAGAACCAGCCUGAGGUACAAACACACACACCACACCCAACACACACACCACACAUUUCACAGUCAUAUUUACCUGUCUCUGAUUACCCUCACUGACAAGGUAGCACAGCAAACAAACACACACACACCCCCCCCCCCACACACACACACCAGCAUCUCCCUCUCACAGUCUAUAUUUAGAACACUGUCUCUGGCAGCUUUCUGUACUCACUGUACACAGAGACCAUAUGCCCACCGUUCUGUAUAAGAUGGUACUCAAACCCAGGGUUGUUGACUCAGCCUACGCAAACCACACAAUACUCCUGUGUGUCUGUGGACAGGAUCUCUAGCUGACUGGACUAUACCUUCCUACCUUCCUUCUACCAGCUUUACUCUCCACUUCUCCCCUCCUUAUUCAAACACAUACAGUACAUGCAGGCACACGCUGACAGACACAUGCUGACACACACACACACACACACACACACACACACACACACACACACCUAUAUCUUAUUAUACUUGUGAGGACGUUUUGGGGACCAACAAUUGAUUACCAUUUAAAAUUAUAUUUUCCCUUACCCUAAUCCUAAUCCUAACCUUUAACCCUAACCCUAAACCUAACCACUAACCCUACUUGUAACCCUAACCCUAAACCUAACCCCUAAGCCUAAAAUAGCCUUUUUACAAGUGAGGACUGGCAAAAUGUCUUGUGUAAACCAAGAAUGGUACUCACAAGUAUAGUAAAACAUGUACACACACAUACAUACACACACACACACACACACACACACACACACACACACACACACACACACACACACAACACACACACACACACACACACACACACACACACACACAGUCUUGUACAGCUAACCUUGUGGGGACACAAAAUUCAGUCCCAUUCAAAAUCCUAUUUUCCCUAACCCUAACCUGUACUCUGACCCUAACCCUAACCCUAACCCUAACCCUAACCUUAACCCAAAAACCUAACCUUAACCUUAACCCUAAAGCUAACCUUAGCUCCUAACCCUAACCCUAAAACUAACCCUAGCUCCUAACCCUAAUCCUUAACGUGAUUCUAACCCUAACACUAAUUCUAACCUUAACCAUAAACCCCCUAGAAAUAGCAUUUGACCUCGUGGGGACUAACAAAAUGUCCCCAGUUUUAUAUAUAUAUAUAUAUAUAUAUAUAUAUAUUUUUUUUUUUUUUUUUAAACCCUUUUUCUCCCCAAAUUCGUGAUAUCCAAUUGGCAGUUACAGUCUUGUCCCAUCGCUGGAACUCCCGUACGGACUCGGGAGAGUCGAAGGUCGAGAGCCAUGCGUCCUCCGAAACAUGACCCACACUGCUUCUUGACACACUGCUCACUUAACCCGGAAGCCAGCCGCACCAAUGUGUCGGAGGAAACACCGUACAACUGGCGUCCGAAGUCAGCGCACAUGCGCCUGGCCCGCCACAAGGAGUCGCUAGAGCGCGAUGGGACAAGGACAUCCCGGCCGGCCAAACCCUCCUCUAACCUGGACGAUGCUGGGCCAAUUGUGCGCCGCCUCAUGGGUCUCACGGUUGCGGCCGGCUGCGACAUACAGUACCAGUCAAAAGUACCAGCUUCAUGAGGUAGUCACCAGGAAUGCAUUUCAAUUAACAGGUGUGCCUUGUUAGAAGUUAAUUUGUGGAAUUUCCUUCCUUCUUAAUGCGUUUGAGCCAAUCAGUUGUGUUGUGACAAGGUAGGGGGGUAUACAGAAGAUAGCCCUAUUUAGUAAAAGACCAAGUCCAUAUUAUGGCAAGAACAGCUCAAAUAAGCAAAGAGAAACGACAGUCCAUCAUUACUUUAAGACAUGAAGGUCAAUAAAUCUGGAAGAUUUCAAGAACUUUGAACGUUUCUUCAUUUGCAGUCGCAAAAACCAUCAAGCGCUAUGAUGAAACUGGCUCUCAUGAGGACCGCCACAAGAAAGGAAGACCCAGAGGUACCUCUGCUGCAGAGGAUAAAUUCAUUAGAGUUAACUGCACCUCAGAUUGCAGCCCAAAUAAAUGCUUCACAGAGUUCAAGUAACAGACACAUCUCAACUGUUCAGAGGAAACUGCAUGAAUCAGGCCUUCAUGUUCAAAUUGUUGCAAAGAAACCACUACUAAAGGACACCAAUAAUAAAAAGAGACUUGUUUGGGCCAAGAAACACGAGCAAUGGACAUUAGACCAGUGGAAAUCUGUCCUUUGGUCUGAUGAAUCCAAAUUGGAGAUUUUUGGUUCCAACCGUUGUGUCUUUGUGAGACGCAGAGUAGGUGAACGGAUGAUCUCCGCAUGUGUGGUUCCCACCGUGAAGCAUGGAGGAGGAGGUGUGAUGGUGUGGGGGUGCUUUGCUGGUGACACUGUCUGUGAUUUAUUUAGAAUUCAAGGCACACUUGACUGGUACUGUAGCCUGGGAUCAAACCGGGGUCUGUAAUGACACCUCAAGCAUUGCGAAGCAGUGCCUUAGACCGCUGCGCCACUCGGGAGGCCCCUGUAGUCAAAAUGUUGUUCGUUUACUAUUCUUGUGUUCUGGUCCCCACAAUAAUAGUUAAACACAUCCACACACACACACACACACAUUUUACUUGUGUCCUUCUCUCUCCAGUCUGUGCAGACCCUAAUUGGAGACUUCAAAGACCCCCAUUCAGCCAAAUACAAAGCAGCCCACGUCUUCUUCACUGACUGUGAGUUGCUCCCUGAGGAGCCUUUCCUCUACACCUCAAGUGCUGUGCGGAUUCACUACACAGCUCAAUGGACAUUAAUGCGACCUCAGCCAUUCAUUCUUAGUGGAGAGGGCUGUGAUGUUGGUAAAAGGGCUUCAUGGAAGGAAUAAUGUGCAACAAAAGAAAACACUUUUUUUAUUACAAAACCAGAGUUGAUCUAGACACCCAAAAUAGAGCUCAGAGUUUUCAGCAUCAUCAUCCUUUGAAACAAGGGUUAUUAAUAUACCGGCCCAUCUUUUAAUAUGCUUUUAUCCGAAGCAUCUUACGGUAGUGUGUGCAUAUAUUGUCAUACAGUGAGGGAAACAAGUAUUUGAUCCCCUGCUGAUUUUGUACAUUUGCCCACUGACAAAGACAUGAUCAAUCUAUAAUUUUAAUGGUAGGUUUAUUUGAACAGUGAGAGACAGAAUAACAACAAAAAAGUCCAGAAAAAUGUUAUAAAUUGAUUUGCAUUUUAAUGAGGGAAAUAAGUAUUUGACCCCUCUGCAAAACAUGACUUAGUACUUGGUGGCAAAACCCUUGUUGGCAAUCACAGAGGUCAGACAUUUCUUUUAGUUGGCCACCAGGUUUGCACACAUCUCAGGAGAGAUUUUGUCCCACUCCUCUUUGCAGAUCUUCUCCAAGUCAUUAAGGUUUCGAGGCUGACGUUUGGCAACUCGAACCUUCAGCUCCCUCCACAGAUUAUCUAUGGGAUUAAGGUCUGGAGACUGGCUAGGCCACUCCAGGACCUUAAUGUUCUUCUUCUUGAGCCACUCCUUUGUGGCCUUGGCUGUGUGUUUUGGGUCAUUGUCAUGCUGGAAUACCCAUCCACGACCCAUUUUCAAAGCCCUGGCUGAGGGAAGGAGGUUCUCACCCAAGGUUUGACGGUACAUGGCCCCGUCCAUUGUCCCUUUGAUGCGGUGAAGUUGUCCUGUCCCCUUAGCAGAAAAACACCCCCAAAGCAUAAUGUUUCCACCUCCAUGUUUGACGGUGGAAGUGGUGUUCUUGGGGUCAUAGGCAGCAUUCCUCCUCCUCCAAAUACGGCGAGUUGAGUUGAUGCCAAAGAGCUCGAUUUUGGUCUCAUCUGACCACAACACUUUCACCCAGUUCUCCUCUGAAUCAUUCAGAUGUUCAUUGGCAAACUUCAGACGGGCCUGUAUAUGUGCUUUCUUGAGCAGGGGGACCUUGCGGGCGCUGCAGGAUUUCAGUCCUUCACGGCGUAGUGUGUUACCAAUUGUUUUCUUGGUGACUAUGGUCCCAGCUGCCUUGAGAUCAUUGACAAGAUCCUCCCGUGUAGUUCUGGGCUGAUUCCUCACCAUUCUCGUGAUCAUUGCAACUCCACGAGGUGAGAUCUUGCAUGGAGCCCCAGGCCGAGGGAGAUUGACAUUUAUUUUGUGUUUCUUCCAUUUGCGAAUAAUCACACCAACUGUUGUCACCGUCUCACCAAGCUGCUUGGCGAUGGUCUUGUAGCCCAUUCCAGCCUUGUGUAGGUCUACAAUCUUGUCCCUGACAACCUUGGAGAGCUCUUUGGUCUUGGCCAUGGUGGAGAGUUUGGAAUCUGAUUGAUUGAUUGCUUCUGUGGACAGGUGUCUUUUAUACAGGUAACAAACUGAGAUUAGGAGCACUCCCUUUAAGAUUGUGCUCCUAAUCUCAACUCAUUACCUGUAUAAAAGACACCUGGGAGCCAGAAAUCUUUCUGAUUGAGAGGGGGUCAAAUACUUAUUUCCCUCAUUAAAAUGCUAAUCAAUUUAUAACAUUUUUGACAUGCGUUUUUCUGGAUUUUGUUGUUGUUAUUCUGUCUCUCACUGUUCAAAUAAACCUACCAUUAAAAUGAUAGACUGAUCAUUUCUUUGUCAGUGGGCAAACGUACAAAAUCAGCAGGGGAUCAAAUACUUUUUCCCCUCACUGUAUGUGUGGCCCCAGCAGGAAUUGAACCCACAAUCCUGAUGUUGUAAGUGCCAUGCAUGCUCUACCAACUGAGCCACCACUCACACUCACAUCAACCUCUCCAUGUUUCAGCCUGCCCAGACCCACUGUUCAACGAGGUAGUGAAGAGCCGCGCCUCCAAAUCCAUCAAGACCCUGACUGAGAUCAACAUCGCCUUCCUGCCCUAUGAAUCACAGGUACCAAACGGAGGGAGGGAGAGAAACAGUGGGAGGGAGGCAGGGAGAUAUAGAGAUGGAGGGAGAUUGAGCGAUCCAGGAAGAGCCAGAGGGAAAGAUCCAGCGAUAGAGGAAUCCUAGAAUAGCCAGAGAGUUAUGUACAUAUCAGUUUACUACUACUAUGCAUAUUACCUUCUACUAACUACCUGUUAUUUUAUGCUGCUUGUUAUUAUUGAUAUUGAUUAUUGUACUGCAAUGUUGAGGGAGCUGAGCUAGCACGUAAGUAUUUCACUGCACCUUUUAUAUCUUUUGUAAACUGUGUAUGUAACAAAUACAUUUUUUUGAAAUCGAUUGAGAUGGAGAAUGGUAGGAUGGGGAGAGAAAUUGUGAAAUGCUGAAGGUGAGGAGAGAGGGUCGGAUAGAAGAGGAGACAUACAGAAAUAGGGAUGGAGGGAUGUCAGCGAUAUAGAGAAUCAGAGAUAUAAAUAUAUGGAGAGAGAGCAAGGAAAGGACAUAGGGAUACAAAGAAAAAGGGAGGGAGGCAGAGGAGAGAAAGACAAACCCAUCCACCCAGGUACCUACAGUGCCCUCAUCAAGUAUAAUAAGUAUCCCUUGACUUAUUCCACAUUUUGCUGUGUUACAGCCUGAAUUCAACAUUUAUGAAAAAAAAAUAAUUCUCACCCAUCUAUCUACACACAAUACCCCAUAAUGACCCCCAUAAUGACAAAGUGAAAACAUGUUUUAGAAAUGUUCAAGUCUUACCAUAGAUUUUCAGGCCACUCAGGAACAUUCAACGUCGUCUUGGUAAGCAACUCUCCCAGUAUCUAUUUGUCUCCCAGUGUCUGAAAGCAGACUGAACCAGGUUUUCCUCUAGGAUUUUGCCUGUGCAUUCCGUUUCUUUUUAUAUAAAAAAUACCCUUGCCGAUGACUAGCAUACCCAUAACAUGAUGCAGCCACCACCAUGCUUGAAAAUAUGAAGAGUGGUACUCAGUGAUUUGUUGCGUUGGAUUUGCUCCAAACAUAAGGCUUUGUAAGGAAAGGCCACAGUCACGCCACUGUCACACUGCAUAUCCUACACACAUACAGGAAGGAAAGGGCACAGUCACGGCACUGUCACUCUGCAUAUCAUACACACAUACAGGAAGGAAAGGCCACAGUCACGGCACUGUCACUCUGCAUAUCAUACACACAUACAGGAAGGAAAGGCCACAGUCACGGCACUGUCACUCUGCAUAUCAUACACACAUACAGGACGGAAAGGUCACAGUCACGGCACUGUCACUCUGCAUAUCAUACACACAUACAGGAAGGAAAGGCCACUGUCACGUCACUGUCAUUCUGCAUAUCAUACACACAUACAGGAAGGAAAGGCAACUGUCACGUCACUGUCACUCUGCAUAUCAUACACACAUACAGCAGCCAGGAGGCCUGAGUUUGCCCUCAGAAACAACCAACCAGUUUGCCCUCAGAAACAACCAACCAGUGCAAAACAGGAAACCUAGAUAGAACAUACUAUGCUAGUGUGCCCAGAGCUAUGCUCUGUUGCUAUUGAAUUAUUACUUAUAGAAUAUAGGGUGCACACUGCCGUGUGUCCUUCAGUUCAUUAUCACCAUCCAGAGAGCAUGUGCCUUACCCCAGAAUUUUGAACCAAAUAUAGCUAUAAUGUCAUGUUUAUGAUAUGCUUACAUAUGUGUUAUGUAUGCUGUAUGAUUACAUUUUAGUAGACACUCUUAUCCAGAGCGACUUACAGUAGUGAGUGCAUACAUUUUCAUACUGGUCCCCCGUGGGAAUCAAACCCACGACCCUGGUGUUGCAAGUGCCAUGCUCUACCUACUGAGCCACAUGGGUAUUAUGUACAGUUAAAGUAUAACCGAACAUAUAUACUGUGGGAUCUCUCUCAUAUAACUGGGUCCUCUCAAGGUUUCUUCCUUCUGUGUAGGGGGGAUUUUAUUUGUCACUGUUAGCUCUGCUUACAAAUAACAUUUGAUUCAUGAAAUGUGUGUGCAGGUGUACUCUCUGGACAACCCGGAUGCCUUCCAAAGUUUCUACAGCCCCCAUAAGACCCAGCUGAAGAACCCAGUGAUGGAGAGGCUGGCAGACCAGCUUGCCACCCUGUGUGCCACCCUGAAGGAGUACCCCGCUGUCAGAUACCGAGGGUGA